UGUCGGAUUUCUCGAGAACCCAACCCUAGCCGGAUUUUCUCGUCUCAGUGUCCGUCUCUCUCUUCCCGGCGCUGUCGCUUAGCCCGUCGGAUAAUUUCUAAUUCCAGAUGGGAAGCACUCGAUCAGACCCAGAUCUCGACGAUGACUUUAGUGAAAUCUACAAGGAGUAUACAGGCCCUCCCUGUAAUCCAACCAACAAUGCUCAACACAAGGAAAAAUCCAGCAAACCGUCUCUUGGUGGUUCUGAUGAGGAGGAGCAACUGCCUGAUCCCAAUGCUGUGCCAACUGAUUUCACUAGCCGAGAAGCGAAAGUUUGGGAGGCUAAAUCAAAAGCUACUGAGAGGAAUUGGAAGAAGAGGAAAGAAGAAGAAAUGAUCUGUAAAAUAUGUGGAGAAUCAGGUCAUUUUACUCAGGGUUGCCCAUCAACUCUUGGUGCAAACCGGAAAUCCCAAGAUUUCUUUGAGAGGGUACCAGCUAGGGACAAACAGGUACGGACGCUGUUCACCGAGAAAGUCAUAGAAAGGAUUGAAAGGGACACCGGGUGCAAGAUAAAAAUGGAUGAAAAGUUUCUGAUAGUCAGUGGCAAGGAUAGAUUAAUCUUGAGGAAAGGUGUAGAUGUUGUUCACAAGGUUAAGGAGGAAGGCGAGAAUAGGGGUUCUUCUGGUUCUCACAAGAGCAGAUCCAGGUCACCUAGGCGGAGUCAUGUUGGUCCACAAGCUCGAAUUUCAGAACCUCAGAGACCAAAACUGGGAUCACAUGGUUCAUCAAGCUUUCCAGAGCGCCCUGGAAGGCAAGAUAUGUUUUUGGAGAAUCAUGUUCGUGAGGAUCAGCGGAGUUUUCCCCGGGGAUCUCCACAAGCUUAUGGUAGUGACAGAGCACGAAGUCGCUCGAACCAUUCUAAAUCUCCUGGUCGGCCUCGUUAUAGUGGAUGGGAUAAGCCAUAUGGUAGGCAAAAACCGGAUGUGAAUAGUUAUAAAACUGACAGAUGGGAUCAUGAGAGGCGGGGCUCUGAUGUUCAGUUAAGCCAUCAGCUUGAACGCCCCUCUUUCCCAUGGACAUUUGAAGAGCUAGAGUUGGAAUAUAAGAGGGAGGCAAUGGAGCUGGAAGGGAUUCGUGAUAAGGAAGAAGAGGAGGAGAAUAGCAAGCAUUGUGAGACGAUCCGGGAAAUGAGAGAUAAUUACAUGAAGAAACUGGCGGCUGUAAGGGAUAUGAAUGCUAAACAGUGGGAAGAGUUUCUUCAACUUGACGCUCAGAGGCGUCAGCAGCAAGCACGGCAGCAAAUGUCAGCCUUGAGUUACGGUAGUUGUAGACAGUUUCCUUAUACCGAGUUCGAGGGUUACUCUACCAAUCCUUCGCAUGGUGGAUCCAAUGUGGCCACGGAUUCGAAAGGCAGAUAUCCAAACCAUGUGGAGAACUAUCCUGCAAGGCAUUAUGACAAUUAUGGUGGUUUCCAACGUGGGAAACAUUAUAAUCCUUAUUAGAUCCAUCCAUGUACUCAAGUCCCGUUUGGUCUAAAAGCUUCCGGAAAUUUCAGGGCGUGCCGGAUGUGAUGCAAUUUCUCAAUGUCCAGGGCCUUUUGGUAAGUAAUUUGAUGGUUGCACGCUGUAUGCAACUAAGGUUUGUUCCCUACUCUGAUACUUCAAAACUGAUAUCUUGCGUUGUCGGAUAAUGUUUUCGUUCUAGUCAUAACUGGCAGCUCUGUUCCUCUAUUGUUGUCGUAUCAUAUUUGUACUGUCCGCAGCCUAAGAGACUUUGAUGAGAUACAUUGUACCAUAGUGUAUGGGUUGUCCGUCUCUUAUUUCCCCAUAAGAUAUGUUGGGCAUUCAUUGUUUCAUGCCCCAUUGGUCAUCACAUCACAUGCAUCCAUGCAUGUAUAGCCUCUUUACUAUUAUUCUAAUGGACUCUUCGUUUUCCUCUCUCAUCCCCAAGUGCGACUUUUGCAUGUCCCGAGAGCAAAUCGAGCUCUUUAUAUACGUGUGCAUGCAGGCAUGCACGUAGACCUCAAGGAUACGCUUAACCAGAAGCAGAUCAAGCUUGCUGCCGCUAAUGCCUACUCUGCUUUCAGAAUUGGAAGCCUUUUGUUUGAUGCUUUCGUUUAGGUCACUUGAUUCCGGAAUCUGGUGACUGAUUGAGUUAAUGAAUUAAGUUUUAUCUUUGAUGAUGUUAUUUAACCUCUUAAUUUUGUUUU